ACACCUUUGCCGUCGCUGUCAAUGCUGCCGGUAGGAGAUAUGUCUAUCAGAUGGUGGAUGAAGCUGAUAAAAAUCAUGGUGCCGAGUCGAGAUGUGAUGAAACCAUUGGCGAAGGGAAAAUGUACGAGCUUCCUGGUGAUGUCAAUUGUCCGGUGGCUUCGUUUGAAAAGUAUCUCAGCAAACUGAAUCCAGGAAUUGACUGCCUAUGGCAGCGACCGCUUGAUAGCUUCGAACUUGAUGGACCAAUUUGGUACUGUAUGGCUCCCUUAGGAAAGGGAAAACUAGCUGGAAUGAUGGGCGAUAUUUCGAACUUGGCACAUUUGUCUAAACGGUACACAAACCAUUGUAUUCGAGCCACAUCAAUAUCCGAACUUGAUAGAAAUGGAAUCGAGGCUCGACACCUGGUACGAGUGUCUGGACACAAAUCUGAAAUGUCUAUUCGUAGCUACUCGAGACGUUUGUGUGACGAAAAACAGCAGCAAAUUUCUGAUACACUGGCUAAAGCCCUGCAGAAAAAGCCAAAUGUGACAAAUAUAAAUCAACAGGCUCCAAUAAAUCAACAUGCCCCAAAUGAAACAGCUACUUCUGGGGUUGACAUUAGCGAUCUUGACUUUCUUGAGGAGAUUUUUCGUGAUGAUAAUGUAUUCAUUGAAUUAGAUACCACUGGGAAGGAGAAUCAUCCCCCAAAUAUGCAGCCACAUGUUAGUGACAAACCCGUUGUCACGUCAGUUAUUUCACAAACUUCCAGAAAG